CGCAUUUUGGAUAAAACUGAAAAGCCCGUGGAAAGAAUUUAUUGCAUCGUUCUUUCGGACCUCGACACGUAACACGUCGUAAGAAAGAGCUCUUAGCUAUAAAAGUUUGUAAAUUUUCCUCGUGAAGAAACAUCUACAGUCAACAUGCGUGAAUGUAUUUCCAUCCACGUUGGUCAAGCCGGUGUGCAGAUGGGUAAUGCAUGCUGGGAAUUGUACUGCUUAGAACACGGUAUUCAACCUGAUGGACAAAUGCCAAGUGACAAGACCAUUGGAGGUGGUGAUGAUUCCUUCAACACUUUCUUCAGUGAAACUGGAUCUGGAAAACACGUACCCAGGGCUGUCUUUGUCGAUCUCGAGCCCACUGUUGUAGAUGAAGUCAGAACUGGCACAUACAGACAGCUGUUCCACCCAGAACAACUCAUCACUGGAAAGGAGGACGCAGCCAACAACUACGCUCGUGGACACUACACCGUUGGCAAGGAAAUAAUUGACCUUGUCCUGGACAGAAUCCGAAAAUUGGCAGAUCAGUGUACUGGUCUUCAAGGAUUUCUAAUCUUCCACUCCUUUGGUGGUGGUACUGGCUCUGGAUUCUCUUCCCUUCUCAUGGAACGUCUCUCAGUUGAUUACGGCAAAAAGUCAAAACUGGAGUUUGCCAUCUAUCCAGCACCCCAGAUUUCAACAGCUGUUGUUGAGCCAUACAACUCCAUUCUAACCACUCACACUACCCUAGAGCACUCAGACUGUGCUUUCAUGGUAGACAACGAGGCGCUCUAUGACAUCUGCAGAAGAAACCUGGACAUUGAGAGACCAACUUACACCAACUUGAACAGGUUGAUUGGCCAGAUUGUGUCUUCCAUCACUGUAUCUUUGAGAUUUGAUGGUGCAUUGAAUGUUGACUUGACUGAGUUCCAGACCAACUUGGUGCCAUACCCACGUAUCCACUUCCCAUUGGCCACCUAUGCUCCUGUGAUCUCUGCUGAGAAGGCAUACCACGAGCAGUUGACUGUUGCUGAAAUCACCAAUGCCUGCUUUGAGCCCGCUAAUCAGAUGGUGAAAUGUGACCCACGUCAUGGCAAAUACAUGGCAUGUUGCUUGCUGUACCGUGGUGAUGUUGUGCCAAAGGAUGUGAAUGCAGCCAUUGCAACAAUUAAAACAAAGAGGACCAUCCAGUUUGUGGACUGGUGCCCAACUGGCUUCAAGGUUGGCAUCAACUAUCAGCCACCAACAGUUGUGCCAGGAGGUGAUUUGGCCAAAGUACAAAGAGCAUUGUGCAUGUUGAGCAACACAACUGCAAUUGCUGAGGCAUGGGCAAGGCUUGAUCACAAGUUUGAUCUGAUGUAUGCCAAGCGUGCCUUUGUGCAUUGGUAUGUAGGAGAAGGUAUGGAAGAAGGUGAAUUUUCUGAAGCAAGAGAAGAUUUGGCUGCCCUUGAGAAGGACUAUGAAGAAGUUGGAGUUGACUCUGUUGAUGCAGAAGGAGAAGAGGAAGGAGACGAAUAUUAGAUUCUCCUAUAUGAUUGAACAUCAGUAGUUUGCUUUGAUAAAUUUCAAGUGUAGAGAUUUUUUAAAUGCAUCGUUUUGAUUUCACAUACAGACACAGAAAGUUUGAA